AUGCAAAAGGAUACGGGUCUACGGGAGCCUCCUCUCGCCUCCACGCGUGGCCUCCUCUUGCCUCCACGCGCGGCCUCCUCUCGCCUCCACGCGCGGCCUCCUCUCGCCUCCACGCGCGGCCUCCUCUCGCCUCCACGCGCAGCCUCCUCUCGCCUCCACGCGCUAAGGACCCGUCUCGCCUCCACGCGCCGCCUCUUCUCGCCUCCACGCGCAGCCUCCUCUCGCCUCCCCGCGCUCUCCUCCUGCCUCCCUGCGCGUGUGACCCUCGCCUCCCCGCGCGGCCUCCUCUCGCCUCCACUCGUGUCCUCCUCUCGCCUUCCCGCGCAUGCGCAUCUAGCAUGCCUCGUCGGCUUCACCCUGCCUCACCUCGCUGCCUCUCCGCGUCUAGCGGCGGCCUCCUUUUGCAAGCUGCACUCGAAUAAGGCCCUCGGCCCUCUCUCACUCUCAUGCAACGUCUGUGCUUCCGCAUCCCCACAACACUCCCUCAAAACCCCCCCUGAACGCCCUCUUUGCCCCACAUGUACGCCCUCGGUUUCCCUGUAUGCAUGCCCACGUUUCCCCACCUACCACGCCCUCAUUUUCUAUCUUUCUCCCCUGCUUGCCCUCAUUUGUCCCUUCUCCUCCUCCCGCCAUGCCUUCUCCCCUCCCGCCACCCCCUCUUCUCCUCUCACCACGCCUUCUCCUCCUCUCGCCAUGCCUCACCUCCUCUCACCAUGCCUUCUCCUCCCCCCGCCACCCCUUCUCCUCCUGCCGCCACCCCCUCCCCUCCUCCCACCAUGCCUUCUCCUCCUCCCGCCACCCCCUCUCAUCCUCUCACCAUGUCUUCUCCUCCUCCCGCCACCUCCUCUCCUCCUCUCACCAUGCCUUCUCCGGCGCCCGCCAUGCCCUCUCCUCCUCCCACCAUGCCUCCUCCCACCAUGCCUCCUCCUCCCACCAUGCCUUCUCCAGCUCCUGCCAUGCCUUCAUUCACCCCCCGCAACCGCCUCUCCUCCUCCUGCCAUGCCUCCUCCUCCUCCCACCAUGCCUUCUCCUCCUCCCGCCACCCCCUCUCCUCCUCCCACCAUGCCUUCUCCUCCUCCCGCCACCGCCUCUCCUCCUCCUCCCACCAUGCCGUCUCCUGCUCCCGCGGCCCCUUCUCCUCCUCCCGCCAUGCCUCCUCCUCCCACCAUGCCUUCUCCUCCUCCUGCCAUGCAUUCUCCUCCUCCUGCCAUGCCUUCUCCUCCUCCCACCAAGCCUUCUCCUCCUCCCGCCACCCCCUCUCAUCCUCUCACCAUGUCUUCUCCUCCUCCUACCAAACCUUCUCCUCCUCCCGCCACCUCCUCUCCUCCUCCCAACAUGCCUCCUCCUCCCACCAUGCCUUCUCCUCCUCCCGCCACCCCCUCUCCUCCUCCCACCAAGCCUUCUCCUCCUCCCGCCACCCCCUCUCAUCCUCUCACCAUGUCUUCUCCUCCUCCCACCAACCCUUCUCCUCCUCCCGCCACCUCCUCUCCUCCUCCCGCCACCUCCUCUCCUCCUCCCGCCAUGCCUUCUUCUCCUCCCGCCAUGCCUCCUCCUCCCACCAUGCCUUCUCCGGCUCUCGCCAUGCCUUCUCCUCCUCCCGCGACCCCCUCUACUCCUCCUGCCAUGCAUUCUCCUCCUCCCACCAAGCCUCCUCCUCCUCCCGCCACCCCCUCUCAUCCUCUCACCAUGUCUUCUCCUCCUCCUACCAAACCUUCUCCUCCUCCCGCCACCUCCUCUCCUCCUCCCAACAUGCCUCCUCCUCCCACCAUGCCUUCUCCUCCUCCCGCCACCCCCUCUCCUCCUCCCACCAAGCCUUCUCCUCCUCCCUCCACCCCCUCUCAUCCUCUCACCAUGUCUUCUCCUCCUCCUACCAAACCUUCUCCUCCUCCCACCAUGCCUCCUCCUCCUGCCAUGCAUUCUCCUCCUCCUGCCAUGCCUUCUCCUCCUCCCACCAAGCCUUCUCCUCCUCCCGCCACCCCCUCUCAUCCUCUCACCAUGUCUUCUCCUCCUCCUACCAAACCUUCUCCUCCUCCCGCCACCUCCUCUCCUCCUCCCAACAUGCCUCCUCCUCCCACCAUGCCUUCUCCUCCUCCCGCCACCCCCUCUCCUCCUCCCACCAAGCCUUCUCCUCCUCUCUCCACCCCCUCUCAUCCUCUCACCAUGUCUUCUCCUCCUCCUACCAAACCUUCUCCUCCUCCCGCCACCUCCUCUCCUCCUUCCACCAUGCCUCCUCCUCCCACCAUGCCUUCUCCUCCUCCCACAACCCCCUCUCCUCCUCCCACCAAGCCUUCUCCUCCUCCCGCCACCCCCUCUCAUCCUCUCACCAUGUCUUCUCCUCCUCCCACGAACCCUUCUCCUCCUCCCGCCACCUCCUCUCCUCCUCCCGCCAUUCCUUCUCCUCCUCCCGCCAUGCCUCCUCCUCCCACCAUGCCUUCUCCGGCUCUCGCCAUGCCUUCUCCUCCUCCCGCGACCCCCUCUACUCCUCCUGCCAUGCAUUCUCCUCCUCCUGCCAUGCCUUCUCCUCCUCCCACCAAGCCUUCUCCUCCUGCCACCCCCUCUCAUCCUCUCACCAUGUCUUCUCCUCCUCCUACCAAACCUUCUCCUCCUCCCGCCACCUCCUCUCCUCCUCCCACCAUGCCUCCUCCUCCCACCAACCCUUCUCCUCCUCCCGCCACCUCCUCUCCUCCUCUCGACAUGCCUUCUCCUCCUCCCACCAUGCCUCCUCCUCCCACCAUGCCUUCUCCGGCUCUCGCCAUGCAUUCUCCUCCUCCUGCCAUGCCUUCUCCUCCUCCCACCAAGCCUGCUCCUCCUCCCGCCACCCCCUCUCAUCCUCUCACCAUGUCUUCUCCUCCUCCUACCAAACCUUCUCCCCUCCCGCCACCUCCUCUCCUCCUCCCACCAUGCCUCCUCCUCCCACCAACCCUUCUCCUCCUCCCGCCACCUCCUCUCCUCCUCUCGCCAUGCCUUCUCCUCCUCCCACCAUGCCUCCUCCUCCCACCAUGCCUUCUCCGGCUCUCGCCAUGCAUUCUCCUCCUCCUGCCAUGCCUUCUCCUCCUCCCACCAAGCCUGCUCCUCCUCCCGCCACCCCCUCUCAUCCUCUCACCAUGUCUUCUCCUCCUCCUACCAAACCUUCUCCUCCUCCCGCCACCUCCUCUCCUCCUCCCACCAUGCCUCCUCCUCCCACCAACCCUUCUCCUCCUCCCGCCACCUCCUCUCCUCCUCUCGCCAUGCCUUCUCCUCCUCCCACCAUGCCUCCUCCUCCCACCAUGCCUUCUCCGGCUCUCGCCAUGCAUUCUCCUCCUCCUGCCAUGCCUUCUCCUCCUCCCACCAAGCCUGCUCCUCCUCCCGCCAACCCCUCUCAUCCUCUCACCAUGUCUUUUCCUCCUCCUACCAAACCUUCUUCUCCUCCCGCCACCUCCUCUCCUCCUCCCACCAUGCCUCCUCCUCCCACCAUGCCUUCUCCAGCUCCUGCCAUGCCUUCAUUCACACCCCCGCAACCCCCUCUCCUCCUCCUUCCAUGCCUUCUCCUCCUCCCACCAUGCCUUCUCCUCCUCCCGCCACUGCCUCUCCUCCUCCUCCCGCCACCGCCUCUCCUCCUCCUCCCGCCACCGCCUUCUCCUCUUGCCAUGCCUUCUCCUCUCACCAUGCCUUCUCCUCUUGCCAUGCCUUCUCCUCCCACCCUGCCUUCUCCUCCUCCCCCCACCCCCUCUCCUCCUCCCGCCACCCCCUCUCCUCCUCCCACCAUGCCUCCCCCUCCUCCCACCAUGCCUUCUCGUCCUCCCGCCACUCCUUCUCCUCCUCCCUCACCUCCCCCCUGCUUCCCACCAUUUCCCCGCCUGCUUCCCCAUUCCCCCCUCUGCUCCUCACUCCCCACCUUCUCAACUUUCCCACCUCCGCUCUUUUUCCCCCUCUGCUUCUCUUCUUCCCCUCUUCUCCCCCCCGCUUUAUGACACACCUCACCAGCCAUGUCAUCGUGGCGACGUGCUCCUCGGCGAAGGCUGA